AAAAACAAAAGCCACAUUCUCUCCUCUCGCUAAAUCUAUAGAAAGACACCAGAGUGGAAUUUGAAAAUACACACAAAUCCCGCUCUAUGUCUCGGCCAAGUAGCUAACCCAACCCAAUCCUUCUCCAAUUUACAUAAGCCAAAACCUAAACUAGGGUUAGGGUUAGGGUUUCGUGACCAAAAUGGAGGCCGCCGUGGUCGAUGCUGGCUCCAAGCUCCUCAAAGCUGGUCCCGCCGUUCCCGAUCAAGCUCCUGCCAUGAUAAUUCCAAACCAAAUGAAGCGCAUGGCCGAGGAUGGAUCACUGAAUGAUAGUUCAUCAUUUGAAGAUAUAAUUGUUGAUCCAGUUGUGCGUGGUCUUAUUAAAGAUUGGGAUGCCAUGGAAGAUUUGUUGCAUCAUAUUUUAUACACUGGCCUCGGAUGGGAAAUGGGCAAUGAAGGACAGAUAUUAUUUACUGAUCCACUCUGUACUCCCAAGGCUGUCAGGGAACAGUUGGUUCAACUGAUGUUUGAAACGUUUAAUAUAUCGGGCUUCUAUGCAUCAGAGCAAGCAGUAUUGUCACUUUAUGCUGUAGGACGUAUCUCGGGAUGCACUGUCGAUAUUGGCCAUGGGAAGAUAGAUAUUGCGCCAGUAAUUGAAGGGGCUGUUCAGCACAUUGCCUCAAGAAGGUUUGAAAUUGGAGGUAUUGAUUUGACGAAGUUACUCGCUGAAGAGCUUGGGAAGUCCAAUCCUCUGGUGACUUUAAAGAUGUCUGAUGUUGAGAAAAUAAAAGAGCAAUAUUCAUGUUGUGCUGAUGAUGAACUUGCUUAUGAAAAGAUUAAAAGAUCAUGCCAGGCGGAACAACACACUCUUCCCGAUGGACAGGUCAUCACUAUUGGAAGAGAAAGGUAUACCGUUGGUGAGGCUUUAUUCCAACCAUCUAUAUUGGGUUUAGAGGCUCAUGGAAUUGUGGAGCAGCUUGUUCGUUGUAUUUCAACAGUAUCGUCUGAUAAUCACCGCCAGUUGCUGGAAAAUACUGUACUGUGUGGCGGCACUGCUUCUAUGACUGGUUUUGAAGAAAGGUUCCACAAAGAAGCUGGUUUAUGCUCAUCUGCUGUCCGCCCUGCUUUAAUUAAGCCUCCAGAAUACAUGCCAGAGAAUUUGACAAAUUAUUCAGCAUGGGUGGGAGGUGCCAUACUUGCGAAAGUUGUGUUUCCACAAAAUCAGCAUGUUACCAAAGCAGACUAUGAUGAAAAUGGACCUUCUGUUGUUCACCGGAAAUGCUUCUGAUGCUUUUUUAGCUUUGGUUAUGUAGAGUUCUUAAGGUGUAGUUUAGUUUAACUAGAUUACUUCAACUAUGACAGGUGACCAGAAAUCUUCAUGUUUUGUCUACAUUGUAUUUUUGUCUAUGAGUCGCAAUGUGUUUUCGUGUUUGGCAAAAGAAUACAAAGUAUUUUUCUUUGGUAGGAAAAAAAAACAGAGAUAAAACUUAAAAAAGCAUAUGCAUGUUGCUGGCUGAUCUGAUUGGACCCUUUGGUGUAUCAACUAUAUUACAGAAUGGCAAUUUAUUCAAGCAAACAUGUA